AUGGAACGUUUCGUGGACACUCGACAAGCAUCAAGCCUCUCCUGUCGGAUGCCAACAAGCUGGAACGUAUCGCAUUUUAAACCGUUUGUGAUGCACCGUCAGCCUUCGAAGAGCCCAGACUUGAAUGCGCUGGAUCUUGGCAUUUUCGCUUCGAUUCAAUCCCUUCAGAUAACGAAGAAGCUCGAGAGCAUCUUUCUCACCUUUCAAGUGGUGAUGCGGCUGGUACUCGAGCAUGACGGCGACAACAACUUCGCCUUGCCUCACCUGAAGAAGGCGGCUCUGCUCCGCGCCGGUCUUCUUAUGUCAAACGUGUCCUGCCCUAUCUCGCUUAUAUUGUAG